UUACCUGGGUCCAGGUUCCUCUUGGAAGGGGUGGAGCCAGGCCUGCCCAUGGGCCCCUCGGGCAGUCUCAGGCCUGGACCCCCAGCUAUGGCCCUGUCCCCAACUCUGGGCCCUAGGCUCCCCUCAGAGCCGCUCAGCCACCACCCUGGAGCCCCCGGGGAGCCGGACGUUGCUGGACGCACCAUCUGCCCCGCAUCUGAAAGGGACAGAGUCAGGCCGGGCCAGGACCAGAAACAGGAACAAGACACCCUACACCCUCCUAAGCACUUCCAAGGUGGGCUAAGGGACAUUGAGCCUACUGCCGGCACCCCAAGGUUGUCAACGCCCUCUUCCCAUGAGGACCCAGCUGGAGGCAAACACUGUGAGCACCCCAUCUCCGGCCUGGAGGUACUGGAGGCCGAGCAGGACAGCCUGCACCUUUGCCUAGUGGGGAUGGGGCUCCAGCUGCAGGACCUGGAGCGAGGCCGGGGGCCCUGGGCAUUGGCGCAGAGAGGAAUGGUCCAGUUGCAGGCCCUGCAGGCAGACCUCCGAGGGGCGGCCGAGCGUGUGGAUGCACUGCUGGCAUUCGGUGAGGGGCUGGCACAGCGGAGUGAGCCUAGGGCCUGGGCGUCCCUGGAGCAGAUCCUGAGGGCCCUUGGAGCCCACAGAGACACCAUCUUCCGACGGCUCUGGCAGCUGCAGGCCCAGCUGGUCAGCUACUGCUUGGUGUUCAACAAGGAGGUCAACACGCUGGACCAGGACUUGGAGGUCGAGGGGGACCUGGACGGGCCAGGACCUAGUGGGGUCUGGGGACCCUGGGCGCCCAGUAGCCUCCCCACUUCUGCAGAGUUGGAGUGGGAUCCAGCAGGGGAUGUUGGGGACCUCGGACCACUGGGGCAAAAGACAGCCUGGACACCAGGGGCUCCCUGUGAGCUGUGUGGCCACAGGGCCCCCCAGGGCAGAGGACAAGGCCUUGAGGAUGUGCUCCUGUCCGGCCUCAGCCACCGGAAACACUUAGCGGGUUACCGCAGACGCUCCCUGCUCCGGAAGCCUCAGGACAAGAAGAGGCAAGCGCCUUCCAGUCUCCAGGAUGUGACACUGGAGGUGGAUGCUGGGGCUCCCGAUCCUGCAUCCAGGUGGCCCCUGGCCUUCCUCCUUAUCCUCCUCUUUCUCCUUCUCCUCCUGGUGGGUGCCACAUUGUUCCUGCCCAUGUCCGGGGUCCUCUGCUGCUCUCACGCCCGACUGGCCAGGACACCUUACCUGGUGCUCAGCUAUGUCAACGGUCUCCCCCCCGUCUGAGUACACAGCCCAGACAUGUGUA